GUGAGUUUUUGAAUUGAUUCUAGGAAUGGAGUUUUAAUUUCACAAUGGAUAUUAACCUGGAUUUGGAUGCAGUUUGCCUGACCUGUUUGUCCGUUUCCGCGCGCACAGUAUCCGUGCGAACGAAGGACAUAAAAUAUGAUCUCACAUUGAUGGCAAUGAUUACCAGCAUCAGUUCGAAUAUGAUUUUGCCCCACGAUAACUUUCCGACUAAGCUGUGCUACUCUUGUGCAGAAUUGCUUCGCAAUGCGUAUGGAUUUCAACAAACUUGCUCUAGUUCCUACAUUACUCUGCUGAAGUGUGUGCAACAACUCAACGGUGAAAAUGAUUGCAAGCUGGAAUCUUUAUACUUUUCGGAAGAUACAUCACAAGAAUCUCCAGAAUGGACGGAGGAAAACCGUGAAGUUUUGAUGGAUGCCCCAAAUCCGGAUUCCGGUACUCAAAUGCUUGACGACGAUGCCUUAGAGGAAAAUAGCAAAGAUGUUCCUUACGGAGAUGAUGAAUAUUUGGAAUUCCUGGAGAUUGAAGCACUUGAUGACAAAGCCUUAGAAGUCAUGAGCGAAGACGAAUAUGGUCAAUAUAUUAAGGCGACUAUGGAACAAGCUGAUGAUACAGGCGCUUCGGAUGUUGAUGACGACCAUGGCCAAGCGGAUGAAGCUAGCGAAGCGACGAAUAUCGAAACCACUACCAUAAGCAAAUCCCAAUGCAUGCUGUGUAAUCGGGUACUAAGCAAGCCUAGUCACCUUAAACGCCACAUGCUUACUCAUAGCCGGGACAAGCGGUUCAAGUGUACAAUAUGUUCAAAGUCGUUCGGUCGGUUGGACAUUCUCUCAGUGCAUAUGUUGAUCCAUGGUGAGCAGCGUCCGUAUUCGUGUGAUAUUUGCAACAAAUCUUUUAAAAGGGACGAGCACUUGAAGACUCAUUUGUUGCGACACCAUAAAUCUUCCAAUCAGAUAGAUAGACGACGUGUUUGUUCAACUUGCUGUCGAGUUUUUGCGACAGAAGCCAAUUUGAAGAAACACAUGGAAAUUCAUAGCGAAAAAGAAUCGUUUAUUUGCGGCGACUGUGGGAAACAAUUCAUUAAUAAGUACUAUUACAUGGCCCAUUGUCGAGAACAUGCGAAACCAGCGCAAUCGUUUCCGUGUUCGGAAUGUGGCAAAAGUUUCAAGCGCAAAGAAUAUUUUACUGCGCACAUGCGGCGUCAUAGAGGAGAAAAUCCGUACAUGUGCCGUUACUGUGAGAAGGCCUUUCCCCGUUCAUCGGAAUUAAAUGUACACGAGAAGUAUCAUACAAACAAAAAGAAUCAUCACUGCACCUUGUGCGAUAAAAGCUUCUUCAGGCUCUGCAGUUUGAAAUUGCACCAGAGAAUUCACACGGGAGAAAAGCCUUACAAAUGUCCUCACUGUCCAAAGCAAUUUAUUCAACGUUACGAUAUGCAGAUACACGUCCGACGCCAUACAGGAGAACGAUUCCAAUGUGACCAAGCAAUGUGCAAUGCUGAGUUUAUUUAUGCCUUUCAACUGGAUCAACACGCACAAACGGUACAUGGCGCAUUGGCUAAAGGUAGUAGACGUAAUUUAGAAAAGUUUUCAAACACAAAUACCGAGAGCGUAAUGCAGGUAGAAUAUUUGGAUGAGUAGUAUCAAUGAGUAUUGUCCACAAAAAAUAUAAAAAAAGACUCAAUAUUGAAUUAUUAACAGUCGCCAAAAAGAAGUGAAUUAAAGGCACUCAUUAAAUUUU